CGGAGAGAGGGAAGGCGUCAGUGUCGCUUGUGCUGCGCAAUAAUGGCCUUCUCCCUUCCCUUCAUUAUAUGCCAGGUUAUUGUGGCGCUGACCAUUGAUCUGAAUUUGACCGACUGGCUGGGCUCAUAUGAAAUUGUAACACCAUUGCUGGUAGAGGAGAGGAUUGUGAAUAAAACAAGAGAGCUUACCUAUGUAAUUAUGAUUGACAGAACAGACUACGUUAUUCACUUAAUUCGUAAUCCGAUGCUUGUUCCUACAGACUUUAAAGUUUUUUCCUACAACAAAGCAUACUCCUUGUAUUUUGACGAGCCCCACAUUCUUACACAAUGCUACUACCAAGGAUAUAUACAAGGAUACCCAAACUCAGUAGUGGCUAUGAACACAUGCUCUGGACUUAGGGGCAUCAUGCAUACAGAUGAAUUUAUAUAUGCAAUUGAACCAAGUCAACAAUUAGACAAUUUUAAGCACGUUGCUUAUAGUAUGGAACAGUUUAAAACAACUAUACACUGUUUACUGAACACAUCCAUUUACCAUCCUCCUACAAAAAGCUCACCCAUAGAGCAGGGAUUAGGUGGUCGCAAUAAAACAGCAUAUGUGGAGGUAUUUAUGGUUGUAACUCAACAACAGUUUGAAUUCCAUCAUGAAAACCAAACACUUCUAUUAGAGAGCAUGCUUGAUUUAAUAAAUGGUGUAAAUGCAGUGUACCAGGCUUUAAAUUCUCACAUUGUUUUGGUUGGAAUAGAGAUCUGGUCUAAUGAAAAUCUUAUUAACACAGCGGGAAAGAAUGUGCAUGCUAUUCUGUCAGAUUUCCUUGCCUGGAAGAGAGAAUACCUGGAUGAGAACAUUAAAUGUGCUGUUGCAGUUUUAUCUUGGAGAGAUGAGACCGUCUCCACAUCAAGUCUGUCACAUUUGAGAGGAGCCUGCAGUCCUGAUAAUUCUGCCUUCAUAAUCAAGAUGAACCUUGAGAAACCAGUGCUCAGUUUGAAUCUGUUUACUCAUGAGCUGGGCCACAUUCUGGGAAUGAAGCAUGACACAAGUGGAUGCACAUGCAAGUCUGGAAAAGCAGCUUGUGUAAUGGCUAACAGUGGCUUAUUGUCUCUUGGCUUCAGUAACUGUAAUGAGAAGGACAUGGAGAUGUUUUUUGCUAGCAGUGAAGCCAGUUGUCUGUGGAAAGAACUAUCCCAAUGUGGUAACAACAUUCUAGAACAAGGGGAGGAGUGUGACUGUGGUUCUGUACAGGAAUGUGCAAUUAUUAAAUGCUGCGACCCAACAAUUUGCAAAUUAAGGGAGAAUGCGGAAUGUUUAUCUGGACUUUGCUGCAAGGAUUGUAGGCUUUUACCCAAAGGAACACUCUGCAGAAUACCCAAAACUGAGUGUGACCUUGCUGAAUACUGUGAUGGAGCAUCCAGUCACUGCCCUUUAGACAUGUACCAACAGAAUGGGUCCCCGUGUAACAAUGGCACAUCUUUGUGUUAUGAAAAUACAUGUUAUGACUACAAUAAACAUUGUGAAACAGUAUUUGGAGAAGGUGCAACUGUCGCUCCUCUGUCUUGUUUCCAAUCGGUGAAUACAAUAGGAGAUCGAUUUGGGAACUGCAACACAGAAAGAGAGAUGGUUGAAUGUAAUAUCAUGAAUGUAAUGUGUGGCCGACUUCAGUGCCAAAAUGUGAGUUCUCAAAUGAAGCCCAUUGAUAACAAAACUGCCAUAAUUCUGACGCCAAAUGGAAACUCCUGGUGCUGGGGAAUAGACUUUCAUUCCAACCAACAUUCUUUUGACCUUGGAACUGUUCCAGAUGGGGCACCUUGUGAUACAGGAAAGAUAUGUUUGAACAAAAGAUGCUUAAGCUCCUCAGUGCUGUCAUAUGAUUGUGACGUGAAGCGCAAGUGUGGCGGAAAUGGGGUUUGCAACAAUAGAAAGAACUGCCAUUGUUAUUCACAGUGGGCCCCCCCUAAUUGCACCGAGAGUGGAUAUGGGGGAAGUGUGGAUAGUGGGCCUGUAACCAAAGAUUCAUCUCUUGUAUUCAUGCCAGAAGGAGGAAUGCUGCGCUUGUAUGAUACCAGUGCAGCAAGAUGCCCAAGGCUGCCUGUUUUCAUAAUUAUUCUUUAUCAGACUUUGCUUAUUGAGUGUUUUCAAUCCAUCUAUUAAUAUGCUGUCUGGUAAGCAUGGCUGAAAUAAUGGCUAACCAGCCUACCGAUGAAUUAACAGCUGCCCAUUCAGGUCUCCUUCCAGCAGCCCUAAUAUAUUUAUAUUUUGUUUCAAGACCUUGUUAGAAAUGUUAUAGUAGCAACAUCUCAAAAGAAUUUGUCUGCACCCUUGUUGUUUAUUAAACUUUAGAUUUACAGUUCAUUCUA